GCUCCUCAUAGGGCUGACAGUCUCCCGGUCCCCAGUUCGCCUUUUGAUCAUUUCUUUCCCCCGCGCUUCGUAUGUGGCUUGCCAACGACCCGUAGCCUGAAUCUAUGCACAUCCUUUUGCCAUUCGUAGUAUAAGGGGACACCUGUUAGGUACUGUUAGAAUUGUAUAUUUAUUACCUAUUAACCUUACAUCACAUCACUUAUUCAUCACAAAGCUUUCACGGGAUUUUCUGAAGAUAUCCAAAUGCCGGGCCCAAAGAUUCCUACCAAGGAAGAAAUAGCUUGGAUGCAAGAGCAUGCAAGUGAUACACUAGUCCCCGAUAUAAUCGUGGCUUGUGCAAUACUCUCUGUGGCAUCUACCCUCUUCGUGGCCCUUCGCAUCAUCUCUCGAAGACUUCUGCAUGGUUCAUUACAGCUACACCCAAACGAUUGGCUUGUUCUCCUCGCAUGAGUAGUCCUACUCGAUCUAUAUUCUCUCCCGCCUCUACGUUGGCUAACCCGUGUCAGUUUCUCUACAUUGUAUUCAUUGUUUGCUUUGGCCUUACCACACGUUAUGGUGCAGGUCGUCAUAUCAUAUUUGCCACCGAUGUUCGACUCUUACAGAUUUUCAAUCUUACCAACGAAAACUUAUACGCAUGUGCCCUAGCACUCCUCAAGUGGAGUGUCCUACUAUUAUAUCGCCAACUCUUUGGUUCUCGGGUAGCUUGGUUCGACCGUCUUACAUGGGUAGCUGCCACAGUAGCAACGGCACUCGCCCUUCAGGUCUUGAUCACAUCAGAUCUACAGUGCAUUCCUAUUGCUACGUCCUGGGAUCCGAGCAUCUCCGGGACCUGUUUUGACUAUGGGAAAUCGGCGCUCGUGGCCUACGUGAUCAACUUUGUGACAGAACUUACGAUCCUCACCAUGCCGAUUCCAUUGGUGCUACGGCUUUAGGUCUCCCGCCAAAAGAAGUGGAUGUUAUUACUUAUGUUCGCUGCGGGUGCUGGAACUUGUAUCGUGAGCAUUGUUCAGUUGAAAUACAUCACCAAGCUCGGGCAAACGUCAGACGCGACUUGGGAUAAUAUACCAUCUGGCUUACUCACUGCUACGGAAUUAGCAGUGGAAUUUCUAGCUACAUCCAUCCCCACUUACCGUCCACUUUACCAAUAUAUAUUCCAGCAACGGAACGGUGAACAGAGCAUUUCGUCUCGCGAUUAUGAUCGCAUAAAGCUUAAUGGCCCAAGCACGAAAUGGCCUAGUAAGCGCACGCUUCCGCCAAAUGCUAUCGUCGUGACCGAUGAAAUCGAACUUCUUAGGCAAGCUCGGUGAUACUUCAGUAAGGAUCUAUUACAAGUCUCUAAGGUUGAUAAGUCUAGUCAAUAUUGAUGGCCGGGGGUCACGUUUCCUACAAUUAUACUGUAUAUUAAGCUCAACGUUAGGAAUAUGUAGAUAUAACAAGGGUUUAUUGUUUAUACCA